AUGGACGUGCCUCUUGUAUCAUGUGGUCUUGCGCCGUCAGUUCUGGCAGCGCUCUUCCGCGCCGGUUUUCGGUAUCAGAAAGACCUGGUGAGCGUCUCAGCGCGUGAAUUGGCCAAUGAGGCACAAAUUCGUGUGAAAGAUGCCGUGCGAGUGCUGGAGAUUGCCCAGGGCGGUGACAAUUCAACGACAGUGGGAGAGACAGCACUGGAUCUUCUGCAGGAAGUGACAAAGACGAGACCAAUUGCCAUGCGACUCUUGGGACUGGACGGACUAUUGGGUGGUGGCUUGCAACGUGGUGAAGUGACGGAAAUUUGUGGUGGUCCUGGAACUGGAAAGACACAACUUGGUAUCCACGCUUGCUUGGCUGCGCAGUAUUGGACAGAAGGAACGGGAAAAACUGGAUCUGCUGUUUUUAUUGAUAGCGAAGGAAGUUUUAUUAUUGAACGAGUUGCGUCAAUGGCUGAGCAUUUUCUAGAAGAUUUUUGUCAGCUUGGACUGAAAAAGCUGACACGAGACGACUUAUUGCGAGGGAUUACGUACUACCGUGUGCAUGAUUACUUGGAACAAAUGGAAGUGCUGUAUUCUUUACCAGCCUAUUUCCGAGUGACGGACGAGUGCAAGCUUCUAGUGGUAGAUACCGUUGCUUUCCACAUUCGCCAUGGUUUUGAUGACUUUACACAAAGAGCACGAGCAUUGGAUAAUCUUGCUACCCUUUUGCAUGAACUAGCAGCUGACUUUGAUUUGGCUGUGGUGUUGAUUAAUCAUGUCACUACCACAGCAUCAUCGAAUGAGAACCUCGGAUUACAGCAGCGGCCAGCACUGGGCGAAAGCUGGGCACACUCGAUACAAAAUCGGGUUGUUUUCGAAUGGAUGGGGACUUGCCGCGUAGCUCGCCUGGUGAAGUCAGCUACGCUAGCACAUGACUCGGCACCAUUUGAAGUUUCUGAGCGGGGAGUGCGCGAUGUUGCCGACGAUGAGUACUGA